AUAGUGCAUCCCUCCUCACACCGGUUAAAUAAAUCCAUCAGCUCUUGUGAUUUGUAAACACGUUUUGGAAUCGGUCCGCACACACAACGCUUCCGGGCGAAUUUCGUCUCAACCUGCGCCCUGUUAUUGCGACUGUUUCAGAGACUUAAUGUUGAUAUUUAAUUUUGUUUUUCCUCCUCCGCCGCACAGUGGAUCUCUCAGGCAUUUUCUACCUUCACAACACCUGUGACCAACACGGCCACACUUGCACUGUACAUCCAGAAAAACUUCGUCUUGUUUGUUUUUGUUUUAUUUUCGUAACUAUUUUAUGGUAGCCUACAAUGUCGUCUUUGCCAGGAACGAUACCGCGGAUGAUGCGCGCGGCUCCCGGCCAGACCUAUCCCCGCACUGGAUUCCCUCUGGAAGUGUCCACUCCUUUGGGCCAGGGACGGGUUAACCAGCUUGGAGGGGUCUUCAUUAACGGCCGCCCGCUGCCCAACCACAUUCGACACAAGAUCGUGGAGAUGGCCCACCACGGGAUCCGGCCCUGCGUCAUCUCCCGACAGCUGCGGGUCUCCCACGGCUGCGUCUCGAAGAUCCUCUGCCGCUACCAGGAGACCGGGUCCAUCCGGCCCGGAGCAAUAGGAGGCAGCAAGCCCAGGCAGGUGGCCACCCCGGACGUGGAAAAACGGAUAGAAGAAUACAAGCGGGACAACCCCGGCAUGUUCAGCUGGGAGAUACGGGAUAAGCUGCUGAAGGACGGUGUGUGUGACAGAAGUACAGUCCCUUCAGGUGAGGCCUCCUCUGUGAGUUCUAUCAGCCGUGUCCUGCGAGCUCGCUUUGGAAAAAAGGACGAUGAGGAUGAGUGUGAUAAAAAGGAUGAAGAUGGAGAAAAGAAAACGAAACACAGCAUCGACGGUAUUCUCGGCGACAAAGCUGUUCUCCCAGCAGACACAGCGGCCGCUUAAUUGUUUAUGAUAGGGAGCGCUGGAGUGGAUCGGGCUCCUGUGGUGCUGCUUAAACGCUCCCUUGAAAGCGAUGCUGACAGAUGACCGAUGUGGCAGUCGAUAUCAAUUACAUGCGGUCUGACAGGGACCAGGCGGCACACAGCAGCCAGGGGCCAGCGACCUCACAGCGACUGUUUAGCAGCUUUGUCUAUAGACGUCAAGUUCACUGGCCUUGACACAAAUUCAGAAAAGACUGGACUGGCGGUGGAGGCAUACAAACAGUUAAGUGCAAUAGAGACCUGAAAGAGAUGGAUGAACUAGCCCAAUAACAUAGGCCCAGAUAUUAAUGAAAUUCAUCAAAUCGAAUACUGCAGUAGAAAAG